UAAGUUAUAUCAUCAUAUAUUAUAAGAGACCAAACAAACUUUAUCCAGUUCAAUUCCUCACUAGAAAGUAAAAACAAAGCAAAUAAGUAACUAAAAUUGUAACUCUAUAUCUAUUAUUUAUCUUAUUAUAUACAGGGUAUUGUGAUGAAGCACCAAAGUAUCAAGAUUUGCGUUGCCACAUUAAUAGUGGUAGUUAUGUUAUCAUUGAUGUGUUGCACAAAUGGAACAAGCACAAGCAACAACCUCAAUCCAUUGAUUCUAAUACCAGGUAAUGGAGGGAACCAACUAGAAGCAAAAUUAACAACUCAAUACAAACCUUCUAGCUUAAUUUGUGAACCAUGGUAUCCUCUUUUUAAGAAGAAAAAUGGAUGGUUUAGAUUAUGGUUUGAUUCGAGUGUUUUACUUGCUCCCUUCACUCAAUGUUUUGCUUCUCGCAUGACGCUUUAUUACGACCAAGAACUUGAUGAUUACUUUAAUGCCCCUGGAGUACUGACACGUGUCCCUCAGUUUGGUUCUACCUACUCUCUUCGCUAUCUCAAUCCUCGUCUAAAGCUUGUGACAGAUUACAUGGCUUCUCUAGUAGAUUCACUAGAACAACUUGGUUACAUAGAUGGUAAAAAUCUAUUUGGAGCUCCAUAUGAUUUUCGGUAUGGUCUAGCAGCUCCAGGUCACUCAUCUCAAGUUGGUUCCAAAUUCUUAAACGACCUUAAGAAUUUGAUUGAAAAAGCAAGCAAUUCCAAUGGAGGGAAACCAGUAAUAUUGGUUUCACAUAGCUUAGGAGGUUUAUUUGUCCUCGAGCUACUGAAUCGAAAUCCUUCUUCUUGGCGCAAAAAAUUUAUUAAACAUUUUAUAGCUCUUUCUACUCCAUGGGGCGGAACUAUUGAUGAAAUGUUUACUUUUGCAUCGGGCAAUACUUUAGGAGUUCCUUUAGUGAACCCUUUAUUAGUGAGAAAUGAACAGAGAAGUUCAGAGAGUAAUUUAUGGCUUUUGCCAAAUCCAAAAAUGUUUGAUAUUAAAAAAACUUUAGUUGCGACUCCAUAUAGAAACUAUUCAGCUCACGAUAUGGUUGAUUUUCUUAAAGAUAUUGGUUAUUCUGAGGGGGUUUAUCCAUAUGAAACUCGAAUUUUACCUUUGAUAAAGAAAAUAGAAGCACCAAAUGUUCCUAUUACUUGUUUUGUAGGGAAGGGUGUGAAAACUAUGGAGGAAUUGUUUUAUAGGAAUGAUGAUUUUGAUGAAAGGCCAGAGAUUUUUUAUGGUGAUGGUGAUGGAACUGUGAACAUGGUUAGCUUGUUGGCACUUGAGUCACUAUGGAAAGAUGAGAAAAAUCAGUACUUGAAAGUUAUUAAAAUUGCUGAUGUGUCUCAUAAUUCUAUAUUAAAAGAUAAAGUUGCAGUUGAUGAAAUUAUUGGUGAGGUGAGUAGAAUUAAUUCUCAUGAUGAUCAACUUGGGUUGAGCAAAAUUUCUUUGGCUAUGCCUAUAUAUGAUGGAAAAUGAUCGAGGACAUGUAUAGUUGCAAAUGGCCGAAAGCUAGUACUUGAUGUGAUGGAGGUUUUUGUAUUGCUAUUUUACAUUGAUAUAGGAAUUAAUUGUUAUGAUGUGAAUAUGAUACUAUCUUUUAACCAUUGAUGUUUUGAUAUUGUAGUGAGUAAUAAGUUUGAUAUUAAGAAUGGCAUGACAUAAGAAAGAAAACAUCUGCACAAUUACACUCUCUGCAUUGUUGGGUUGGUAGUUCAUUUGUGAAAUCACACUAACACUGAUUUUGUUGAAAUUUGAAAGUAUAAUUUCAAAGUAUUGUAUUUC